UAUCCGAUUUCCCGGCGAAAGCGUUUGCGAUAACUCUGGGACAAUGUGAAUGAGGGAAUGUUCAAACGUAUUCGUCUGCCACUCUCCGAAAGGUUUUACUGUACGUAUUAGUCGGCUAAUAAUAUUAAGACUCGCCAACACGCACACAAUGUUUGCUGGAAAAGUGCAAACUUGCGGUUUUAUACAUUACCCAAGCAAAAUUGCUCCCACGCGAGAGACAUGAUGGAAAAUGUUUUGUCAGUGCGAAUUAGCAGCGAUCCCCUUAUCACAGGGGUUUAUGGACGAUUUGUUGUCGAUGUUCUGGAUGAGGAUGCUACUUAUCGUGGGUACGUCUGUGCAGUCGAAAACGAUCAUUGUAUGGUGCGAAUUGGUGCCAUGCAGCAUCUACGGCGCCUCCCGAUGGAUAAAUUGCGACGCACGAAUUGGUUUCAAUCUCUAAGCUUGGACCUUGACGAUGUACCGGAAGAGAUUGACGUCCUUGUCAGUGUGGAAGAGAAUCAGCCCGAAUCAUGGCAGCCAGCUUGCAUCAUUGACGGCAUAGUUAUGGACGCAUUCUCGUUCCUAAAUGUGGAAGUGCAGCUGCCAGAAAAUGUGGUUAAAUGUUACUAUGUUCUGGACUCCUCUGGUGCCGCUUUCAAACGAGUUAGGCGCCGGGGUUAUCUUGGGGAUCCCGUUAUUCCACAGUCGUUUGUCAGUCAUGAGAUACCAGUUUCACAAUUUGUUUCGUAUUGUAGCAACUUUGCUGAUACUCUGCCGAAAGUACGACAAAUGCCGCGUUUUCGCAGUCGCUUAAUGCAAGAAAUUUGUGGAAUUAUGUUUAUGGAUGCAACGGAUGAUCACGUUGUUGUGUUAGUAGAAGAGGAAUAUAGUCAAACGUUAACGGACUCUGAAGUUAAAGCAAAUGUUUUCAAACGCGUUGUGUCCGCUGUGGAUAAUUUUAUGGGAAAAUUUACCCUGGCAACAGAAACAAUUUCUCGCACCGUUCUGAACGAACUUAUCACACGAAUCGUUGCUGGUCUAGACGUGAGUGAACCUCAGGAAGUCCAUUUUGAAGAUUUACUUAAGGAGCUGAGUAUGGAAGUUUUUUCCUUUAUGGAUGUUUAUGAUCAGUACCAACUCCGCAGAACAAGCAAAACUCUCCAUCGCCAAUUAUCGUGCAAAACUCUCCGACAGUGCGUAAUACUGCCAAACCAGCGAAAGCAUGCUAUUGAAAGUCUGAAGGUAGGCCCGCCCGGCAGUGCUUAUCGAGACCUGGCUCACAUUAUCGGCAGCACUAUCAGCCAAGAUGCCAAAAUUUUGUAUUUCAUCGAUAACUGGGAACAAAGUUUGUUUGUACUUGCGAAUGUGCUGAAGGUCAUGCGCGUGAGACUUGAUUGGUUGGUCAUCGCCAACAACUCCACACUAUUGCUGAACGAAUUCCUGCCAUUUCCUAAAUCGUCUCUCAUGUUGUAUACACAUGACUUUAAUACCAUGCACGUUAAUUAUUUGUCGGCGGAGAGGUACACGAACUACGCUUUUUGUUGCCGGCAGCUUGCCCUGAAGAAUUGCUGUUUCAAUAGCCAACUGUCGAUAUGCUUCAGAGACGUCAUUACGUUAGGAAAUGGGUGGGAUAUAUACUGGAACUUGACUCCUGGACGAUGGAAUUUAAGGUGUUGCCGUGAUCCAUUCUUCAUUGAGAUCCCGCGGUGGCGGUACAGUUUUGAGGAAACAACGGCGGUCACAUUUGAAGCAUCCUUCCGGUCUGCGUUAGAUGACCAUUGUCCAGUACUCAGAGGACACGUGAUCAAGAAUCUUUUUUAUUGGUUGAAUUCCUUGACAAGCAAGGAUUGUGAGCCGCAAACCUGCAUUUGGGCGUUUAUUGAGCUCUCCUACAAACUGUGGAAGGAAAAACCACCCAAGCAUUUGAAUGACGUUAAAGCCGACAUAUCGCACAAUUUCUCACGGAAGAGCUGUAUUUUACAGACACUGGCCUUGCUGCUGCCGUGCAUUAGCGACGGAUUUUGCUGCGUUGCUAAUGCAGUCGACGCUGAUGCGUAGCCACGCCCGGAUAAUCUGACUCCACGGUAGAACCGAUGUCGACUAUUUCGUAUGUCCUCAUGGUCUUUCUUUUCAAAUCCGCAUGUC